UGGUAUCUGUGACAGAAGCUGGGAGACCGGAAGAAUCUGCAACAGAAGCUGAAGAAGCUCUAAAGAAGCAAGCCGAGGAGGGUGCCCUACUCAAUUCAACUGGUAGCGAGCCUUUGAUGCACAAGCAAACCGAGGAGGAGCAAGGAAAGAGACCUGAGAGGCAGCUGUAUGCGGAGAUACAGAGAGCUUUGCUCGACAUCCAAGAGAAGUUGGCAAAGAAGAACUGGAAGACGGAUAAGCGGACCUUGCAGCUGCUCAAAGAUAUGUCCAACAAAUUGGACAUGUUGGAUCAGGGCGGCGAUGACAAGGAAACGGAUGAGAUAGAUGACAGGGGCGAACUAGACAUAGAUCAGACAUGUUUGGAUACCAAUCUCGAUCCAUUGGCCAAGGAGAUGGCUGAUGAGGCGGAGAGUUUCGCUUCAUACUCUAGACUCUGGGAAUAUAAAUGGGGGAAAACCCGUGGUUUCUUCACAGACCCAACGGUUUUGAGUUCAAUGCAGUUUACACACUACACGCCUGGACGCCUGCCAUACAGCAUGGAGUGUACCACCCUGGAAACCUUGCAGAUCAUCUCCAUCAAACUCACUGAACUUGCUGGUGCCCUUGAGUUGCCAUUGUCUGUGUAUGGUGUGGUUGCGGUCCGAGACAUGGUGGAUCGCAACCGAAACAUUCUCUUCUCUCGAGAUUGGAGAAAUCCCCAAGAACUGAAACAGAAUGAUCCUUUUCUGCACUUGACUGGUCCGUCACGUGCAAUCGUGUUUAUGGACAAGGUUUGCAUUGAAAUCAUGCUAAGAGUAAAAAGCGGGGCAUACUCUCAAGAUAAAGCGUUGAUCAGUUGUGUGCGCCGUUACACGGGAGUAAACGGUCCAUGUGUGUCUACCAUCUGCUUCAAGAAUAGCUUGUGCACCGUAGAGGUGUGCUUGCAGCCAGUUAAACAAACGGUCCAGGCCACUAUCUUGGGUGUCCAGGUUGCUAGCGAAGAUGGAUCCUGGCCUUUAAAAUAUGGCGGCCUAGUUGCUUGCUCCCCACAAUCAGGGAAACUUGUGUUCACUGAUAGUGGAUACACGCGUAGGAUUAAUCCCUCAUCCAGCCAGAUUGUGCUGAUUGAGUCAGGAGAUGAAGCAAUGCUGAAAGGUGAAAGUGGUCAUGUACUUCUGCGGAGGCAAGUUGUUUCUGUACAACUUGAUGGAAGGUUGGACUUUUUCAUAAAAGCCUACUCCAAAUCUGGUGCUAUCGCUGCAGAAACUCGUGUUCAUUUCUAUCCCAAAGUUUGUAACAUAAGCCAGAAGAAAUGUUACCUUGGCGAUGCUGGGGUAACUGUUACUGUUGCUUGGUCUCUUGUUGCGGCGAACAAGACGGAACUUUGUCUCGAGCUAAAGGGUGGAAGCAUUUUUUGAAGCUUGCAGCUAUGAAGAUUUCAUUGUGACAUAUUGGAGUUUGGUUGUAUUUCUGAAUCAGCAAGCUUUUAAAUGUCCUACUGCAUUGACGACUAUAACUUAUUGACAGCUAUUUAUGUGUGUCCACUUUUAGUUAUGCUGUGUGUGGCGCUUGUGUUAUUGUUACUGGAUAGGGUUUGCACAGUUUGUGCCACUGAACCCAGUUAGAGUAGAGGGUGAGUGAUAGAACAAUGUGUUGAUUGUGCUUACCGUUCUGGAUAAAAGCUGCAUGCACUCACUUACUGAAUUCAGAAAUAGAGAAAUGUCUACAUGUUUUGUCGAACAAAACCUUGGACUGAUUGUUGUUGGUCUGAAUCUUGGAAUAAGCUGGGAGCUGGUGGACAGUUUCA